ACAUCCCUCUCUCACUCACUCUCCAUCCUGUACAUUUCCCUCCAAUCAUCAGUAUGUGGACGACAGUGGGUUCAAAAAGACAAGUUGGACACCCCCGAAAGAUGAAGGAGGGGAGUGUUUGAAUGAUGGGAAGCUGUGGACAUGAAGAUGGAAGUCUUAAGAGGAUGGUUGUUAGGGCUGCUGGUGUGGAGAUGUGAACUUUCACAUCUUGAUAUCUGGAUUUAUUGUAUUUUUUAAGCAUGAUGUCAUGGAUUCUACAGACAAACUUUGCAUCUCUUAAACAGGUCCAGGACCUUUGCAGGCUCCCUGUAUGUCAGCAUGGCUCAUUUCACGCUUUGGUAUGUCACAUCAAGCCUUUACCGGCUCUCCGGACUUGAACAGAAGUGAUGUUUGGACUUCUUAAAGAAGAGAUGGACGUCGGCGAUGCUGGACCACGGCACAGAAGUGGGCCACGGCGAGGGACGCUGAUGAUGUUCUCGUGGAUUAUCCUGUGCUGCAGCUCUCUGUGGCUGGUGGUGGACGGCCAGAUAAAGAUCUCACCGGAGACGGUGCAAAAGUGGGCUGUGUCCUUCGGCAAAGAGAUAGCCGCCCUCUCCACCAAAUACUCGGGAGCGAAAUUGCUACAAAAAAAAUAUAAGGACGUGGAGGGCGUGCUGAAGAUUGAGGAAGUGGACGGCGAGGAGCUAGUGAAAAAGUUUGCAGAGGAGAUGGAAGAGAUGCUCGGGAGGAAGAUGAAAUCUGUCAAGAGGCUAGCAGAAGCAGCCGAGGAUGCUGAUCUGUACCACGAGUACAAUGACACGCUGGAGUUUGAAUACUACAACUCCAUGUUGAUCAACGUGGUGGACGAGGACGGCAAUGCGCUGCCUCUUGGAGGAGAAUUCCCGCUGGAGGCCAACGAGCACUUCAGCAAACUGCCCGUCAACACGCAGCAAAGCAACAUCCAAGUCCCUACCAACGUCUACAACAGAGAUCCAGAUAUCCUCAAUGGGGCGUACAUGUCGGAGGCUCUCAAUGACGUGUUCAUAGACAACUUCCAAAAAGAUCCCACGCUUACCUGGCAGUACUUUGGCAGCUCUACUGGCUUCUUCAGGCUCUACCCGGGAAUCCAGUGGAUCCCAGACGAAAACGGGGUGGUCACGUUCGACUGCAGAAACAGGAACUGGUACAUCCAGGCUGCCACCUCCCCUAAAGACGUGGUCAUUGUGGUGGACGUGAGCGGGAGCAUGAAGGGGCUCCGACUCACCAUAGCCAAACACACCAUCAACACUAUACUGGACACGCUGGGAGAGAACGACUUUGUCAACAUCAUCGCUUAUAGCGACUAUGUCCGCUACGUGGAACCGUGCUUCAAGGGAACUUUGGUGCAAGCUGAUCUGGAUAACAGAGAGCAUUUCAAGCUCCUGAUUGACGAGCUCCACGUGAAAGGCGAGGGCAAAGUGAAGAAUGCAAUGAAGGAGUCGUUCAAGAUCCUCAAUGAGGCUGCAGCGCUGGGCCAGGGCAGCCUGUGCAACCAGGCCAUCAUGCUGAUCACAGACGGCGCCAUGGAGGACUUCCAGGACGUUUUCGAAGAGUUCAACUGGCCAGAACGGCGGCUCUACUUAGAACCCCGGUUAAGAUCCAACAGUGGAUGUACAUGUUUACAUGCCUCUAACUGUAAUUCACUGUCAUCCCAGGUUCGAGUGUUCACUUAUCUGAUUGGACGAGAGAUGACGUUUGCUGAAAAUGUCAAAUGGAUUGCCUGCAACAACAAAGGUUACUACACGCAUGUUUCCACGCUGGCCGACGUGCAAGAAAAUGUCAUGGAGUACCUGCACGUUCUCAGCAGGCCCAUGGUCAUCAACCACGACCAUGACAUCAUCUGGACGGAGGCCUACAUGGACAGUGUGUUACCAAGCACUAAAGAGUUGUUCAACAGUCAGGCUCAGAGUUUGCUCCUGAUGACCUCGGUGGCCAUGCCGGUGUUCAGCAAGAAAAAAGAGACGUUGUCUCAUGGAAUUUUGCUGGGAGUGGUCGGCACGGACGUCGCGCUGAGAGAACUGAUGAGAUUAGCGCCAAGAUACAAGCUGGGUGUCCACGGUUACGCCUUCCUCAUCACAAACAACGGAUACAUCCUGUCUCAUCCGGACCUCCGGCCUCUGUACAAAGAGGGGAAGAAGCUGAAGCCCAAACCCAAUUAUAACAGCGUGGACUUGUCCGAGGUGGAAUGGGAGGACAUGGAGGAGAAGCUGAGGACGGCUAUGGUCAAAGGAGAAACCGGUACAUUGUCCUUAGACGUGAGAACUUCAGUGGACAAAGGAAAACGAGUGAUGUUCCUGAAGAACGAUUACUUCUACACCAGCAUCAAUGAGACACCUUUCAGUCUUGGCAUAGUGCUAACAAGAGGAAACGGACAGUAUAUAUUCAUUGGCAACGUCUCCGUUGAAGAAGGUCUUCAUGAUUUAAUAGCACCUGAUUUGACCAUAGCCAGUGAAUGGACGUACUGUGAGACGGACAUCGACCCGGCGCAUCGUAAAUUGAGCCAGCUGCAGGCUGUGGUCCGAUACCUGACAGGCAAAGAACCAGACCUGGAGUGUGACGUGCAGCUCUUGCAGCAAACCCUUUUUGACGCGGUGGUGACUGCGCCCAUGGAAGCUUACUGGACAGCCCUCAUGCUCAACCCAGGCGGUAUGGAUGAGGGCAUGGAAACAGCGUUCCUGGGCACCCGCUCGGGUCUGAUGAGGUUCCAACGAUACAGUGGCAUUGAAAAGAGAGUUGGCAAGUCCUUCCUGACGUCCACGGACAAGGAGAACAUGUUCACCCUGGACCACUUCCCGCUGUGGUACCGCCGGGCAGCCGAAUACCCUGCUAAACAGUUUCUGUACUACAUGCCCCGGCAGGAGACCAGAGCUGGCAGGAUCGUGAUCGCCACCACUGCCAUCACUGUGACAGUGGGCAAGAAAACAGCCAUCGCUGGAGCUAUAUCCAACUGGCGGCCCAUGGGCCAAAUCCAGCCUGUAAAUGAACUUGGGAGCAACAAAUCAAGUCCUAACAACAUCAGAGCAUUCCUGUCCAACAGAAGAUCUUUGACGUGCAUUUUUGCUGUUGGUAAAACUUGAAAAAAAAAAAAUUUUAAUAUUUUUUUUCAAACUGUUGUGCUUCACAUGAAGUCCUCUGGUGUCUCCCUCGGGCUGCCCACCUCACCAUUUGAAAACUGAUCUUCAUCUUGGUUUUUGCAAUUGGUUCUUCAAAACGACAGAGCCCUCCAGUCUUUCACGAGCAUCUUUGCAGUAGAUCAGGGGUGUCCAAACUUUUUCCAGCAAGGGCCACACGGUGAAAAAUGAAAGGAUGUGAGGACCACUUUUAUAUUUUGUAUAAGAAGUAAAAAAAAAAUAAAACAAAUAAAAGAUAAUAAGAAGUAGGGCUGUCGAAAGAAUUUUGUAGUCAGAUUAAUUACGGUUUCAAAUUAAUCAUGACUAAUCACCAUGUGCAAAUAUGUGUGAAAUAUGCCCAUUUUUACUGUAUUUUACUGAAAGAAAGCUCAAUGACAAGACAGGAGUAUAUACAGUAUAUGUUUGGAUGUAAUAACAGCUCCAAAUUAACUGGACAUUUAAUUCAAGAUAAAAGAAAAUCUAUUUACCUAACACUAGCUUCUAUAAUAGUAGUCGAACAUUUGAAUCACGCAGUGUUAUUAUGAGCAAUGAGGGGUUGUGUUCAAAGGCACCACGUCAUUUAAGUUGAGUGUAUUUUCUGGGAUUUUUGAGCGUACUUAAAUGCAGCAAGUUGUACUUCCGCAUUAAGAGUUACAAAGUCAGUGAUAUGAAAAUCCACUUAUUGGUUUACUUUGUCUUUCUGUUCAUUUAGACCACGCAUAUACACAUAAUAAAGAUGUUGGGAUGUUCGCAGUGUCCACGAAUGCAUCUGGCGGUCGCCUCAUGGAAGUGUCGUUUUGAUGACGAAGGGACUAGAGACGUGUUUGUGAGUUGUUGUCAUAACAGAGAGGCAUGGCUUGCCAUGAUGCGCAUGUGUUAAUUACGCUAAAUAAUUUAACCUAUGAAUGAAAUUCAUUAUUUAUUGCAUUUUUACAGCUAAUUUGACAUCUAAUCAGAAGUUACUGUUUCAAUAUUUCAGGAAAAAACUGCAACUCAGCCUUGCGCUAUAGGUGAAAAAGUGGAUUAUUUGUAUCACCUGACUCUUUGCUCUUUUUUCCCCAUUUUUGCUUCUGUUGUUUUUCUAAAUUUUCCAUAUAUUUCAACUUUCUUCUUGUAAAUUGUCUUCUCAUAAUAUGAUGACUUUACUUCUAUGAAAUUGACUUUUUCCCCAACCUAAUUUUCCAAAAAUGACAACUUUAUUUAGUUUUUUUUUGUUUGUUUCUGCAUUUGUGUUGUUUUUUUUUUUUUAUUGUCCAACUAUUUGAACUUUUUUCCUGUAAAUUUUAAUCUCUUCAUUCCCAUAAAAUUAGAACUUUUCCCCAACCUAAUUUUUUUUCUUUUUCUAUGCCGCUUAUCCUAAUUAGGGUCGCGGGAGUAUGCUGGAGCCUAUCCCAGCUGACUUCGGGCGAGAGGCGGGGUACACCCUGGACUGGUCGCCAGCCGGUCGCAGAGUGUAUGUAGGCUUUCUGAUUAGUGUAAACAUAUUGCUUCUGUUCUAAUUUUGGACUAUUACUUUUUUCAUGUUUAUAUUAGCAUUUGGUACACAUUAUACACAGAAUAAGGAUAAUAGUUAAUGGAGAACUCCAAUCUCCGGUCCAUAGCUUUCUGAAAAUGUGCUCCCCGAUCCGGUAGAUGUCAAUUUUUUCCUCUUAAUUCUUCAUGGUCUGGAUUUGUAUAUCCAUCAUGUCGUGUUCUGUCUCAGCCUUCCGCCUUCCAUUACACACCGGAUGCUCUUUAGUGACAUAAGAGCCGCGUAUCCUAAUACAUGAUAGAUAAGAGUCUGGAGAUAGCAUCUUGUCCUCAGAUGUGCCACCAGACACAACCUGACCAUGAACCGUGACCGCUAAUAUCCACCCCCCUGCAAAAAAUGACUCACUUCUCCACAGGAGAAAGAGUGUAGAAAAUCCUCCACAUGUUCACUGCGGAAGCUCAUGCGAGGGAUUUGGCCGUACAGUGGCUUUGAAUUUUGCGUCGCAGGUUAGAGACGAGAUUUAAGCUGACAGUUGGAGGUAGUUGGAGUUAUGCAACUGCGACUGGAGUUGCUGGUGCUGAGGAUGGAACUUUCCUCGUAAUGUAAAAAGUCAAAUUGUCAUCAUCUCCGCUCACAAAUGGUGUCUUUCCUCCCUGCAUCCAUCCGUCCAGCCCUCGCCUCCUCUGCUCGUGUUGCUCUCUCCCACUCUCCCUCCCUAACUUUCAACAUUUAUGAGAGGUUUGAGCCGCUCUCAUGGAGGAGGAGGAGGAGGUGGUGGUUUGUUUGGCUUAUUUUAGCUGCUGCAAAUCCUCUGCUUUGCUUUGCUUUGCUGUAUCUUGCAGACAAAACGAAAGGACGACAUGCAGCCUGGCAGGCGUGCAGGGCCUUUAAUGUGAAGCAUAGACUUGUGUUGGAAUGCUGGAUAUUGAAUUGAAAACGAUUGAUUAGUUCAUUGAUCAAGUGCGACGUACAUUCCGGUAUCGAAUUGUCUCGUAAACACUGGAAUGUUUGACCAGCGUUGUCUUGACGAUGCGGCUCGGGGCAUCAGCUGUCUGACAUUUAAUACCCCAAUGGCCCCACCCCCCCGGGUGACACUGGACCCCGGCUGUGAUGUCAUUACCACGGGCGCUUCUCUUUCCUCGUAGCGCAUUACGACCACGGGCCGAGCCCUCGCUGCUAUCUGAUUACGAGCCUCGCCAGCUGUCCUAUAGUCUUAACGCUUUCAUUUACAAGGAGACUGUGUUAGUUGUUUGCUAAUGACAAACACGCUGUCUAAAAGGAAACAUUUGUUCAUUAGUGGCGCUGCGGUGAUGCUGUGUUGUUGUUUUUUUGGCCGUUUCAUCCAAACGGAAAUGAAAUAUAUCGAUACUUCCCGUUCCUCAUUGACAAAGCAAGCACACUCCCCCCACACACCCCUCAUAAGCAAGCACUUGGAAGAACCAGGCUCUGUGGGGCGGCCGUCUGUGUCGACCGGCUUGGCUUCGGACAGGAAAAAUAGAGUAGAGGGAUAGAUGGUAGACCAAGUGGGAAAACAGGAGAGGGACAGGGAGGCGUAUCAGGACAACCUGUUAAGAGAGAGUUACGAUAAUCCAGCCUGGAGGCCCCAAAAACAUGGAAAAGCUUUUUGGCAAGAAAUUUCUGAUUUUUUUGAUGUUUCGCAGAUGAAAACAACGCUGUUCUUGACACUGGCUGUGUUUGGGAACUAAAGGAUGACGCCAGGGUUCCUGACUGUGCUGUCGGGUGUGAUUGCAAGACCAUCGAGGGCUGUUAGCUCAGUUGCAACCUUGUCUGUGAGGUGCUGGGAACCAAGAUGAGGAUUUCACUUUUUAUACUCUCUAGGUGCAUUGUACAUCUUCAAAAUUCUUUUUCCUAUUCUUUCCUUUCACCUUGUUGUUCUUCUUCUUAUUGUUCCUGUUCCUGUUCCUGUUCGUGCUCCUGUGUCUCUUUUUGUUGCUGUUCUUUUUUUCUUUUCAAAGUUGUUCCUGUUCUGUUUUUGUUUUUUUCUUCUUUUUCUUUUUGUUGUUCAUGUUUUCUUUUUUUCUUGUUGUUGUUCUUGUUCCUGUUUGUGUAGCUCUUCUUGUUUUUGUACCUCUUCUUCUUCUUCUUCUUCUUUUUCUUGGCCUUUUUUUUUACUUUUGGUGGCUGUUCCUGUUCUGUUUUUCUGUUUCUGUUUUUUUGUUUUUUCUUUUUCAUGUUGUUGUACCUGUGCUUGUUCUUUUUCUACUUGUUGUUCUUCUUCUGUUCCUUUUUCUUGGUCUUUAGUGGCCCUUGUUGUUCCUGUUCGUGUUCUUCUUCUUUUGUUGUUGUUGUUGUUCCUGUUUUUCUGUUCCUUUUUUUGUCUUCUUCAUUUUCCUGUUGUUUUUUCUUUUUUGUUUUUGUCGUUGUUCCUCCUCUGUUUUUCUUUUCUUCUUCUUUUUUCUUGUUGUUGUGGUUCCUUUAUCUCUUCUUGUUGUUUUGUACCUCUUCUUGUUCUUGUUCUUCUUCUUAUUUUUA